AUGGCAGACCGCUGGGCAGCAAUUCACCAGAAGCCUCAAGGAUUGGGCGAUUCACGUCCAACCGCAAAGCAGAUCGUAGAGGCAGAGAAUCUCCAAGGCAAGUGGUCGGACAAGACCAUCCUGAUUACAGGAUGUUCAUCGGGUAUCGGCAUCGAAAGUGCUCGCGCCCUAGCAGAUACUGGUGCCACUCUGUACUUGACAGCUCGCGACUUGCCCAAGGCGCAUGCGGCGCUGGGAGAAUUGGCAAAGUCCGACAGGGUGCGAGUCCGCAAGCUGGAUCUGGAUGCUCUUGAGGACGUUCGAGUAUUCGCGAAGGAGUUCCUGCUUGAAUGUCCUAAGUUGAACAUCCUCAUCACCAAUGCUGGCGUGAUGGCAUGUCCAGAGAAGCGCACAAAAGAUGGCUUCGAAUAUCAGUUCGGAACGAACCACCUCGCCCACUUCUUGCUCAUCAACCUCCUCACCCCAGCACUGAAAGCAGCCGCAACGCCAGAUUUCAAUUCACGCAUUGUGGUUCUCUCCUCACUCGCUCACAACUUCGGCUCCGUCCACUUCGACAACAUCAACCUGGAAGGUGGCGCCUACGAUCCCGUGGUCGCCUAUGCGCAGAGCAAGACCGCGAACCUCUGGACCGCCAACGCAUUUGAUCGAAAAUACGCCAAAGAUAACGUACGCGCCUGGUCUGUGCAGCCAGGAAUGGUGCCUACCGAUCUCACACGUCAUUACACUGAGGACCAGAAGAAUGGUUUCAGCGAGGACCCGUACUUUGCCAGUCUUCAGAAGAGUCCGCCACAGGGCGCUGCGACACAAGUCUGGGGCGCUGUUGCACAGGCACUUGAGGGACAAGGCGGCAAGUAUCUCGAGGAUUGCCAGAUUAUUCCCGCAAAGAAGGAGGGAGCCCAUGCAUUUGCUCCUGGGUAUGCGCCUUGGGCGUAUGAUCCGCAGUCGGAAGAGAGGCUGUGGGAGCUUUCGCUGAAGCUCACUGGUCUUGCUUAG